AAGAACGAGAACCUCCUACAACUUUGUAGCCACUUGGAAAAAGCAACCCAAACCAAAUUACCCAUCUGGAUCUGUUUUCUGUUCAUAAAUGAGGUAGAUGAACUUGGGGAGCACCAACACCUCCCCCCAGCUGGAAUGGUCAUGAUUCUAUCCAUCAGUGACCAAGAUAUGAUUCUAUCUAUCGUUGAUCAAGGACUGCAAUCCUCCACUGACCUGUGAAUUUAUAAUCACAUGGGAGCUAUCCUGGAUGUUCUCCUGCUGGAAUGGCAGAGUAUGGAGCAAGAUUUGGGAGAACCAUUUGGAUUUGGAAACCCAUGUUGGCUGUCCAGAAUAUGAAAGUUGGCAUCUUCCUGUUGUGGUGGGGAUGGGUUUUGGCCACUGAAAGCAGAGUGCAUUGGCGAAGAAGAGAAGUACACGAGAUGUCUAAGAAGGGCAGUCCAAUUCUGAAACGAAGUCCCGAUAUCACCAAGUCGCCACUGACAAAAUCAGAGCAGCUUCUGAGGAUAGACGACCACGAUUUCAGCAUGAGGCCUGGCUUUGGAGGUCCAGCCAUUCCUGUGGGUGUGGAUGUGCAGGUGGAGAGCUUGGACAGCAUCUCAGAGGUCGACAUGGACUUCACGAUGACCCUCUACCUGAGGCACUACUGGAAGGACGAAAGGCUGUCCUUUCCGAGCACCAACAACCUCAGCAUGACGUUUGACGGCCGUCUGGUGAAGAAGAUCUGGGUCCCCGACAUGUUUUUCGUGCACUCCAAGCGCUCCUUCAUCCACGACACCACCACGGACAAUGUCAUGUUGCGGGUCCAGCCCGAUGGGAAAGUGCUCUACAGUCUCCGGGUAACAGUGACUGCAAUGUGCAACAUGGACUUCAGCCGAUUUCCCCUGGACACGCAAACGUGCUCACUUGAAAUUGAAAGUUAUGCCUAUACAGAGGAUGACCUCAUGCUGUACUGGAAAAAAGGCAACGACUCCUUGAAGACAGAUGAGCGGAUCUCACUCUCACAGUUCCUCAUCCAAGAAUUCCACACCACCACUAAGCUGGCCUUCUAUAGCAGCACAGGCUGGUACAACCGUCUGUACAUUAACUUCACUUUGCGACGCCACAUCUUCUUCUUCUUGCUCCAAACUUACUUUCCUGCCACCCUGAUGGUCAUGCUGUCCUGGGUGUCCUUCUGGAUCGACCGCAGAGCUGUGCCCGCCAGAGUCCCUUUAGGUAUCACCACCGUGCUGACCAUGUCCACCAUCAUCACGGGCGUGAACGCCUCCAUGCCCCGCGUGUCCUACAUCAAGGCGGUGGACAUCUACCUCUGGGUCAGCUUUGUGUUCGUGUUCCUCUCGGUGCUGGAGUAUGCAGCUGUCAACUACCUGACCACGGUGCAGGAGCGGAAGGAGCGGAAGCUCCGGGAGAAGCUUCCCUGCACCUGUGGAAUACCCCAGCCACGCGGGGUCAUGCUGGAUGGCAGCUACAGUGACGGGGAGGUUAACGACCUGGGCAACUACACGCCGGAGAAUGGAGAGAAGCCGGACAAGAUGAUGGUGCAGCUGACCUUGGCCUCAGAGAGGAGCUCCCCCCAGAGGAAAAGUCAGAGAAGCAGCUAUGUGAGCAUGAGGAUCGACACACAUGCCAUUGAUAAAUACUCCAGGAUAAUUUUUCCAGCAGCAUAUAUUUUAUUCAAUUUAAUAUACUGGUCUAUUUUCUCAUAAACGCCUGUAACUCUAUACAUUUCACAUUCUUCUGUAUGUACCACAGAAAUACCUGUACGAUGAGAGUAAUUUAAGGUUAUGAUGAAAUUAAAGUUCCCACUACCCACUCUUCUCCAGCUUUCCAAAACGACAUUGACAAGACACUUACUGGUUUAAUCUGCACUUAAUAACCAUCUAUUGUGUCCACAGAAUUAUACACGGUGCUGCAGGAAUUGGACACCUGUAGCAACUGGGGAUAGUUGUUACCGGGAUUCCCUGGAAAAGCACACUGCCAGCAUUGUGGGCACCCUGUAGUCAACCUCUUUUAGACCCUAGGUGCUUAUUCACAUGAAUGAUGCCCUUUAUGUGCACAUCACUAUAUUCUCUGGGACUAGGUGGAAUUGGGAAGCACCUAAAGAUCACCUGCAUGGAACAUACAUG